CAACCGCAGCAGCAUCAGCAUCAGCAGCAGCAGCAGCAGCAGCAGCAGCAGCAGCCAUCACCUCCAGCAUCGGAUGGUCAACAGCACCAAGAAGUUGUAGCAGCAGCAGCACCAAAAGCCAGUGCAACGUCAAUCACAACGCCACCACCAGUCUGUCCACCACAAGCUUCAUUCCAACACACUUCACACCACACCAUGCCUGGUUUAAAUUCGACUGCAGGCGGUGAGGAGGGUCGUGAGCGUAGCGAUGAUAUGCUCCAUAUACGGGUCCACCAUGGCGCAGUAGAUCGUGCAGCGCUAACAUCUCGUGCACCGGUUGAAAUUAUCAGCGAAGUGCGUCUAAUUCUCCACGCAUUGGGUAUCGAUUGUAAGCCAGACGGUGAAUACAAGUUGAAAUGUUCACGUCGUGCAGCCAAAACAUUCAACAACAACAAGGACAAGGCCAAUUCCAUUGAUAACGAUGUCACUACAGCGACACGGCCACUGCAAUCUCAGCAGAAGGACGAUCAGGAAGAAGAAGAAGAACAGCAGCCCAAUGACAACAACGACACCGACUCCAAAUCUCAAACCACCUCCUUAUUCCCCAACCCUGGCCGUUUAUCUGCCACAUCCUCUUUUGACGCAACAGCAGAUCAUGAAGAAAAAAGAAGAUCCGCAUCCUUGCUAUCCAUCUCGACCGAUACAGGCAUGAGCGGCUCCCGUCGAUCCUCCUCCCAGUUCCAUAGCUACCAGCAACAGCAUCCCAUCUACGGCGAUCCAUCGAUCGAUUCAGGCGAAGAGAUCCGCUUCAUGGUCGAGAUCUGCCGGUUCUGUAACCUGCCUGGCUUGUUCAUUGCCGAUGUACGUCGGCUGCGUGGCAAUGUCUGGGCGUACAAGUUCCUGUAUCACAAGCUGAUUGAUCUCUUGGGCCUUGACAAAGGUGGCUACUAUAAUACCCGCGCUCACAAUGCCGUUGACACGGUUGUGCACAAGUCUCCAUUCUUCCGUCAGCCAGCACCACAAGCAUCGACAACAACGCCAAUAGCAGCAACAGCAACACUCCAGUCACCAGCACACCAGCAUCAGCAACACCAGGAAAAUUCCAUCAUUAGAGACAGUGCCAUAGGCUCCUGCACUUCCCCAUAAAACCUUGUUCCAUCUUCCAUAUUAUAUCUGCAUACUAUGUGAUUAAUGUAUCCCCUCUUGCCUUCCUCCAUCUUGUCUGUCUCUAUCUCCGUAAUCUUGUUUCCACACCUGCCCCCUUAUCUUCCUAUUCUUCUUUCAAUUCAGUGCGUAGCUAUAAUAAAGUACAAUAAAAUGCUCCAUCACCACAAGCAGCAGCAACAGUAGC